AUGUUCAGUAUCAUAGUGAUAUUUGUGUUUGGAUCUUUCUUGGUUUCCCAAGCAGAGAGUGUCUUUGUCGGAGCCUUUGUCAUGCCGCACGGUAGGUGACAUAUUCCAUAAAUUUCGAUCUUUCUCCAUUUCACCAUUUUCCGAUUAAUUGUCGGAAACAAAUCGUUUGUAAAACCUUCCUUGAAUUGACAGUAACACUGAACUAAGAUCAGGCACGUCGACUCUGGUGGAGUCUCGUGAUUGCGUUUAAAAUUUAACCCCAGAAAGUGUCAGGAGUCAUGCCAUUGGGUAGUUGAACGUUGUGACCAGAGAUAUGAAAGGCUUUCUGAAAGGUAACGAAUUGGGAAAGGAAAUGACGUUGUUUUUCACUUUCCCCUUAUUUUUAAUAUCUCUCUGACCCAUCCCUGACUUCCCCAAUGCAGAGAUGCCAACCUCUUGAGAUUCAAAAUCUGGAGACUCACUCUUUUUCACUACCCUCACCCUCCAAAUUUCGACGGACCCUCCCCACAACAAAUUGACCCAGCCCCCAAUGGGAAUGGCUCAGGACUUUAUAUGAAGUCUUACAUGAAUUGCAUACUAUCAAAAUUAACGAUCAUCGUUUUGAUGCCGAAAUAAUCUUUGUCAGUGGCUAAAUACGUGCAAAAAUGCGCCAGAAACCGUACUACGAAUAAGAAAAAUUCACGUUUUGAAGAAACAAUGGGCUACAUCUCAAACUAAAGCACAGAAAAGAACAAGAGAUGAUUUUAUCCGGGGGAUUUGGUGACCCGUGCGGGAGGGCGGGAGAGCGGGAGAGCGGGAGAUCGGUGCCAUAUCCGGGAGACUCUCGAAUAAUCCGGGAGAGUUGGCACUGCUCCAGAAGAGCUCCUCAGGCUUGAAGAAACCAAAGUGACAGCGAUGAGUAAGCUUGAAAAUAGCAUAGUAUGAAAUUAGCAUCCGAAAACGAAUAUUGUACAGGCUACAAGAAAAGAAAGAGUAUGGAUUCUUGUUUCAAAAUUCCCUGAAAACUAGUGUUAUUCACCUAUCUUGUUUUAUUAAUAGUAUCUAAAAUGCGUAUAUUUCCGUACGCAACAUUUCUGGCCUUCAUUAUUGUAUUGCGUCAUGGUUUCGAUAUCCUACGGACUUUUCUCGUAAAAUGGAAGAUAAAUAAAUAUGCAGAAUUAAGUAGUUGGAGUCUUGUAUUGAUGAACAUUAACAUCGCAGCUUUCAAGACCGGUUUCGAAAAAUAACUUUGGUACUGAACACGUUAUCAGUGUUUAUGUUUACGUUGUUUGGCGAUUUUUGUACCGUCAGGAGGAAUUGCUCUGGAUCCCCGGUAUUUCAACACGACCAAUGCCACUGCCAAGGCUCAGGCUUGGAUGGUACAUGAUGCAGCAGUGCAAGUGGGAAAACAAAUCCAGGAUCUGAAGCCAGAUAUAAUAGUCCUGAGUACUCCGCACGGAAUAGCCUCUCCUGAAGAUUUCGUCUUUUAUCUCAGUCCAAAAGGGGCAGGAUUCUCUGACACAGACAACUGCGCAUGUCUACCUUGCUGCUACAACCUGUCCGUCGUCAUGGACACAAAAGGCACCAAGAGUCUUGUUAGCACCCUUAAAUUUGAAAAGGAAAAUGUUUCUUACCUUAGCGCAUUUGGUCCACCCGGAAGUGAGGAUGUUCCUUUCCCGCUUCGCUGGGGAGAGGUAGUCCCGCUGUACUUUACAAAAGGGACUUUAAGCUACAGCAAAGUGAUCGUUUUGUCCCAGCCGAGUCGCAGAUACACGGACAGCGUGCAGAUGAUCCCGGAAUUGACCCACCUGGGCAAGAAUAUGUUUAAGAUUCUAGAUCUUCAAACUGACAGAGCCGUAAUGAUUAUAAGCGCUGACCUCGCGCACACUCACUUAAAGUCCGGUCCUUACGGAUUCUCCACGGCCGCAGAACCGUUUGACAAAGCAUGCGGGGCAUGGGUUACCACUCAGGAUUCGGACAAACUGUUAGUUGAAGCCGCUUCCUAUGUGAACAAGGCCCUUUCCUGUGGAUUUACUGGUCUGGCCAUGCUGGACGGGAUGUUGAAAGCGAGUCCUAAUCACUGGCAUUCUCGGCUUUAUGCUAACUUUCAUCCUAGUUACUAUGGCAUGAUGUUGGCGUCCUUUGUGCCAUUAACACAGUAG